CCUGUGAAGCGUAGCAGCAGCUUAAAGCUCCCACCUUCCAUGUCUGAGCUGAGAGUUGUUCUGCUGGGGAACAGCUGGUCUAAGAGGAGUUCAGUGGGGAACUUCAUACUGGGAGAGACUGUGUUCUUUACGGAGGAAAAACCAGACAACUGUGUGCCAGUCAGUAGAACACUGGAGAAGAAAAAAAUAGUUCUCAUCAACACUCCAGAUCUGCUGGAUCCCAACAUCUCUGUAAACAAACUGACAGAACAUGUAGAAAAGUGUGUGAGACACUCUGAUCCUGGACCUCAUGUGUUCCUGCUGGUUCUACAGCCUGAAGACUUCACUGAGAAACACAAACUGAGACUCCGCAAAGUCCUUGAGAAGUUCAGCGAGCGAACAUUUGAUCAUUCUCUGGUUCUGGUGUCAACACCCAGGGAGGAGAGUUCAGGUUCCAUGGAAAACUAUAUGAAACAUCCUCCAUUGAAAGAUCUGAUCAGAAUGUGUCAGUACAGGUGUUUGUGGCAGAAGACCCUUGAACGUCCAGAGCUGUUAACACGUUUGAGUCAAACUGCAAAGGAGAACAAUGGAGAGCAUGUGAGCUGUGAUGUCUUCCAGGACACAACAUCUACUUCAGCAGGUGUACCAAAACAAAAGGAAGCAAAGACCGCAACCAUCACAGAUACUGUUAAAUCUGUUGGGUCAGGUGAUCGACCACCUGUGAAGCGGAGAAAAAGCUUUGAAUGGCUGCCACCUGACAUGUCUGAGCUGAGAGUUGUUCUGCUGGGGAACAGCUGGUCUAUGAGGAGAUCAGUGGGGAACUUCAUACUGGGAGAGAAUCUGUUCUUUACGGAGGAAAAACCAGACAACUGUUUGCCAGUCAGAAGAACACUAGAGAAGAAAAAAAUAGUUCUAAUCAACACUCCAGAUCUGCUGGAUCCCAACAUCUCUGUAAACAAACUGACAGAACAUGUAGAAAUCUGUGUGAGACUCUCUGAUCCUGGACCUCAUGUGUUCCUGCUGGUUCUACAGCCUGAAGACUUCACUGAGGAACACAAACUGAGACUCUGCAAAGUCCUUGAAAAGUUCAGCGAGCGAACAUUUGAUCAUUCUCUGGUUCUGGUGUCAACACCCAGGGAGGAGAGUUCAGGUUCCAUGGAAAACUAUAUGAAACAUCCUCCAUUGAAAGAUCUGAUCAGAAUGUGUCAGUACAGGUGUUUGUGGCUGAAGACCCUUGGACGUCGAGAGCUGUUAACACGUUUGAGUCAAACUGUGAAGGAGAACAAUGGAGAGCAUGUGAGCUGUGAUGUAUUCCAGGACACAACAUCUACUUCAGCAGGUGAUCAGCAAAUACCAAAACAAAAGGAAGCAAAGACCACAACCAUCACAGAUGCUGUUAAAGCUGCUGUGACAGAGGGAAUAGAAGGGGGAGACAUGCAGCAAAAGGACCUCGGGCCGGACUCAAACCUCAGUCCUCUCCCACAAGGACUCAGCCUUAAUGCAUCUGAUUUCAGGAUUGUGCUACUGGGAAAUAGUGAUGACAAACAGACAAAACUUGCUAACUUCAUCAUCAGAGGCAAAAGUUCUCACUCAGUUUCACUCCCAACCAAGCAACGUGUGGUCAUGCAUGGAGACUGGAGAGGAAAACCUUUAACAGUAGUAAAAACUCCAGACAUGUUCAGUUUGUCUGAGCAGGAUGUGAGAAGAAAGGUGCAGGACUGUGUGAGUCUUUGUCCUCCUGGACCAAAUGUUCUGCUGCUGUUAGUGAAGCCUUCUGAAUUCACAGAGGAGAACAUCCAGAGACUGAAGUUCAUCCUGAGUUUGUUUGGUGAAGAUGCUUUGAAGUUCUCAAUGGUCAUCCUGACACAUGACAGUGAAAUGAGUUCCAUUGUUUAUGGACUAUUUCAAAACUGUGAAGGAAGACACUACAGCUUGUCUGAAAAAAACCACAGAUCAUUAAUGGAGAGGAUUGAACAAACCGCAAAUAAAAAAGCUUUAAACGUGGUUCUGUGGGGGAGGAGUGGAGCAGGGAAGACCUCAGCAGCCAAGGCCAUUUUAGGUCAGACAGCGCUUCAUUCAGUCUCCAGCUCAGAGUGUGUUAAACAUCAGGGAGAGGUGUGGGGACGUUGGGUGACCCUGGUGGAGCUGCCUGCAUUAAAUGGAAAACCUCAGGAGGAAGUGAUGGAGGAAUCAAUCAGGUGUAUCUCCCUCUGUGAUCCUGAGGGCGUCCAUGCCUUCAUCCUGGUCCUUCCUGUGGGUCCCCUCACUGAUGAAGACAAGGGAGAGUUGGAGACCAUCCAGAACACUUUCAGCUCUCGAGUCAAUGACUUCACCAUGAUUCUGUUCACUGUGGAGUCAGAUCCUACAGCUCCAGCUGUUGAUAACUUUGUAAAAGAAAACAAGGACAUCCAGGAGCUCCAUCAGAGAUGUGGAGGAAGACAGUUUGUCCUCAACAUCAGGGACCAGCAGCAGAUCCCAAAGCUGUUGGAUGAUGUGGUAAAGAUGAGAGUUGAAGGAUCCAGAUGCUUCACAAUGAAGAUGUUCACCAAGGCUCAAGUGGAGAAGCUUACAAGACUUCAAGCUGAACUGCAGGAUGUGAAACAGAGUGUGACGGGAGGUGACGAUCAACAUCAGAGCAGCAAGACUCUCAGGAUAGUGCUGAUUGGACGGACUGGCAGUGGUAAGAGUGCAACUGGAAACACCAUUUUGGGAAAACAACAAUUCACAUCUGAUGCCAGCAUCAGUUCAAUCACCCAGUUUUGUGAGAAAGCAACCGGAGAGAUUGAUGGGCAGCCUGUAGCUGUGGUCGACACUCCCGGCUUGUUCGACACAAAUCUAUCAAAUGAGGACGUUCAACAGGAGCUGGUGAAAUGCAUCAGCAUGUUGUCUCCUGGACCUCAUGUGUUCUUACUGGUGCUGCAGAUCGGUCGCUUCACAAAAGAGGAAAAAGAGUCAGUGGAACUGAUCAAGAAAUGCUUCGGUAAGAAUUCAGGAGAUUUCAUCAUCAUUAUAUUCACCGGAGGAGAUAAACUGAUAAAUCAAACAUUUGAGAGUUACAUAGAAAAGGACCGUGAAGGCUUUUUGACAAAACUGAUACAUGAAUGUGGAGGAAGAUAUCAGGUCUUCAAAAACAACAAUCAGACCGACCGCACACAAGUCAGGGAACUGAUGAAGAUGUCCUACAAGAUGAUGAAGGAAAAUGGCGGCAGCUUCUACACCUCAGAGAUGUUUCAAGAGGCCGAGGAAGCCAUACAGAAGGAGGUGGACAGGAUCCUGAAGGAGAAAGAAGAAGAAAUGGAGAGACAGAAGGAGGAGCUGCAAAGGAAACACGAGCAGGAAAUGGAAGAAGUGAAGAGAAAAAUGAAACAACAGAAGUCAAAAAUUGAAAAAGAGAGAGCCAGACAACUGAAAGAAAUGGAGGAAAACAUCAACAAGGAGCGUGAGGAGAAAAAGAAAGAACAGGAAAAGAGACAAGAAGAAGAGAAGAACAAGCAAAGGCAGGAAGAACUUCAACAUAAAGAGUGGGAGCAAAAACUUGCAGCUCUGGAGAAAAAAAUAAAGUCAGAAUCAAAGGAGAAGGAAACCAUUGAUAGAGAGUUGGAGCAGAGCAAAGAAGAGCUUAGAAAGCAACGAGAGGACUGGGAAAAGAAACAAAAAGAAUGGUGGGACAAACGAAAUCAAGAAGAUGAUCAGAAACGACAGGAGGAGAAAACAAGAAUAACAAAGCUACAAGAAGAAUAUGAGCAGGAAAGAGAGAAACAUGAAAAGAAAAGAAAAGAAGAAGAUCGAAUCAGAAGAGAACAGGAGGAGAAGGAGAGAAAAGAACUGGAGGAAAACUAUAAGAAGAAACUGGAGGAAAUUAAGAAGAAAUAUGAAGAGGAGGCCAGAAAACAAGCUGAAGAGUUCAAUGAGUUCAGAAGGAAAUACACCAAGGACUUUGCAUCGUUGGUCGAGAAGCACAUGGAAGAAAUCCAGGAAUUGAAGCAAAAGCAUGUGAGACAAAUGCAGGAGAAGGAAGAGAGCAACACCAAACAGUAUAAUCUGUUACAAAACCUCUCAAGUCACAAAGAAAAAAACCUGAAAGAAGAAACAGAGGAGUUAAAGAAGAAGCAUGAACUAGAAAUAAAAGAACUGGAACAGAAAUACAAAGACAAAUGUGUCAUCCUCUGAACCCUCUUCCCAUCCCGGCUUGAUGAUUAUGAUGCUACUUAUUUAAACACAAUUUGGACUGGACUAUUAAACAGUGUCUUCACUUUUAUAGCGCUUUUAUCCAAAGCACUUUACACAACAGACUCCCAAUUCACCCGUUCACACACACACACACACACACACAUUCAUACUGAUGGCUGAGGCUAUCCUAAACAAUGCCACCUGCCAGCGUUGGGAAUUCAUUCACAUUCACUUUCUGUUAAUUCACUGCUCUUGAAUAAUUCACAUAUUGUCAAAAUGUCAAUAUUCAGUCAGUUACUGCCACCACGUAACAGUACCUACAUUGUAUCUGUCAUCUUGUCAUCAUGUUCCGGAAUGCGCUUCAUGGAGCAAGUCUGGAGGACACCAUCACCCUAUUCCAGCUCAGUUGAAGAGGUGUUUUCGUGGUUGCCGUGCUGGUGCAAAAGUUAAGGCUCGGAAAUGGAGAUAUAAGCCUUUUCUGCUGUCAGUCAUCAUGGGGAAUGUCAACUCUCUGCCCAACAAGACUGAUGAACUGGAGAUACUGGUGAAGACUGAAGAAAGUAUACUGUAGUCUCUUGUGUUUUACUGAAACGUGGUUGAAUCAAAACAUCUCAGACUCCAAUGUGGAUCUACCUGGCUUCACUCUCAUAAGAUCAGACAGAGAUGCUAAAGCUAGUGGCAAGAAGAAAGGUAGGGGGUUGGCUUUAUUUGCGAACCAGAGAUGGUGCAGUCCUGCACAUGUUACUGUCAAGGAGAAGAUGUGCUGUCCAGACAAUGAAUUAUUGGCAGUUAGUAUGAGACCAUAUUAUGUACCAAGGGAGUUCAGUCAUAUCAUAACAAUACUUGUGUACAUUCCACCCAAGGCAACUGCUGAAGUUCCAUGUGAAGUUCUACAUGACCUCGUUGCUAGGAUACAGACUAAACACCCAGAAGCAUUCUUGAUCAUAUCAGGGGAUUUCAAUCAUGUUUCCCUCACCUCUCGCCUGACUGGAUUUACACAGUUAGUUAAUUGUCCCACCAGAGAAAAUAAAACCCUUGAUCUGCUGUAUGCUAAUGUCAAACAAGCUUACAGAGCUACUGCCUUGCCCCCAAUAGGACGAUCGGCCACAACUUAGUUCUUCUGGAGACUUGUUACAAACCAUGUGUGUGGAGGCAGCCUGCAACUAAACUCAGGAAAUGGACACCAGAGGCAACUGAGGCUCUAAAGGACUGCUUCGAAUGUACAGACUGGAAUGUGUUGCUGGAAACAGAGGAGAACAGUAUGGACAUUGAUAGACAGGUUGACUGCUUUACUGGUUACAUCAACUUCUGUAGAGACACGGUCAUACCCACUAGGACUGUACGCUGUUUCCACAAUAACAAACCUUGGAUAACUAGUGAUUUAAAGGCAAUCCUCAAUGAGAAGAAGUCAGCUUUUAGAGAUGGUGACAAGGCAUGGCUCAAACUAGUGCAAUAUAAGUUGAAGAAGAGAUUAAAGAUGGCAAAGGUGGAAUACAAGAAGAAACUGGAGAGAAAUCUACGGAACAGCAACAUCCGUGAAAUGUGGAGAGGAAUCAACACCAUCUCUGGUUACAACAACAACAAAAGACAGCCAGUGGCGGCUAAUGUAGAAAGAGCUGAUGAACUCAACCAGUUCUUCAACAGAUUCAAUACAGCGACGUCACCCAAUGCCAAUGCUGCUGCUGCUCCUCCUCCUCCUCCUCCUCCUCCUCCUCCUCCUCCUCCUCCUCCUCCUCCUCCUCCUCAACAUGUGUAAAUCUCCAAAGCAGCAUCCACCCCCCCCUCUUACACCUGAGCCUCCACCCUUGUCUGUCACAGAGAUGGGGGUGAGGUUGGAACUGAGAAGACUUUGCUCUAGGAAGGCUGCUGGCCCAUAUGAUGUGUGUCCAAGGCUGCUCAAGGACUGUGCUUCCCAACUGUGUCAACCUCUCCACAAGAUCUUCAACCUCAGUCUACAGUUGGGGCGACUGCCGGCACUAUGCAAGAUUUCCUGUGUUGUGCCGGCACCAAAAAUAAAAUGUCCAGCUGAACUCAAUGACUACAGACCACUAGCCCUCACUUCUCACAUCAUGGAGACCUUGGAGCGGAUGAUUCUACGCCAACUGAGAGCUGAAGUCAAAGACAAACUCAACCCCCUGCAGUUUGCAUACAAACAACACAUGGGAGUGAACGAUGCUGUCCUCUACAUGCUUCACCGUGCCCUUGCAAGGAAACUGGUGCUUAUGUAAGAAUCAUGUUCUUUGAUUUUUCAAGCGCAUUCAACACCAUCCAACCCAACAUACUUAAAAACAAUCUGACAGAGAUGGGAGUGGAUCUUUCCUUCAUCUCCUGGAUCACAGAUUAGCUGACAGGAAGACCACAGUAUGUCAGGUUGGGGAACUGUGUUUCUGGGACAUUAAUGAGCAGCACAGGGGCUCCACAAGGCACUGUUCUGGCUCCAUUCCUGUUCACACUGUACACAGGGGACUUUAAAUACAACUCUGAGUCCUGCAAAAUCCAGAAGUACUCCGACGACACUGCUAUUGUGGCGUGUAUCAGGAAUGGACAGGAAUCUGAAUAUAGGGAUCUGAUAAAAGCCUUCAGUGACUGGAGUCACAAGAUCUAUCUCCUACUGAACACCUCAAAGACUAAGAAAAUGAUCAGAGAUUUCUGCAGGCUCAAGCCCCCUCUUCUGCCAGUGAAUACCUGUGGGGUGGACAUCGAGGUGGUGCCAAGUUAUAAGUAUCUGGGUGUAUACCUGGAUAAUAAGUUGGACUGGUCCCUAAACAAAGACGCUCUCUACAAAAAGGGGCAGAGCCGCCUCUUUUCGUUAAGGAAGCUCAGAUCUCUUGACAUCUGUAGUAAGUAAUUGGAGAUUUUUGAACGUCUACUUCUCCGGCAUAAUUUCAGCUAGAGACUCCAUUUAAACUUUAAACAGUAGACACAAAUCUUGUGUAUUGAUGUAUUAAUCAACGUUUCGAUAGGUCAUAUAGUUUUUUAUCAAUCCCUGUUCAAUGACCAUGAUCAUUUUUGGAGAAAUUCUGAGAUUUUAAUGGGUGUGUAUUGCACGGAAUGUUCGUGUCACAGUGUGUGACAUCAUCGCCAGAGUGUAGAGGGAGAGAAAAAAUUGUCAAAAAAUAAAUUUGAAAACUGCACUCCAGGCCACAAAUUCCACUCUACAGAAAUAAUUUAUACAUAGAAACGUAGCAAAAUUUGUCUUCUCACUCAAAAUCCUCUGGUAAAGCUGUCAGAGUUAUAGUUUGGGCGUAGGACGCACAGAUGCGCCACCAACACGCACUAACAGCCCCAUUGGCUCCCAUAUUAAAAACGCAGGAAGAUUUCUGUAGAAAAGCAUAUUUUUCUUCACAAAAAACAUAUGUAGACGUUCAGGAAGAACUCAGGACGCUCAAAGUGAAGUCAGAUCAAUGAUAGGUAUUAUGGUUUUGCCAAAAAUGCUUUCUGUUCGAGGCCAGAAUUCCAGUCUGUCCACCUCUGGCUGCUGUCACUGUUUCGGAACAUUCAGGUGGCAGUUUAUUCUGUUGAUUGCUCUGCUCUGAUUGCCUUUGAUCUUUGCUGUGAUUGCCUUUGAUCCUUUGAUGUGAUUACAGUUACAGAUACACGCACACGCACAUGUGCGCAUAAGCGCGCACACUCCUCCAGGUACACAUGUUUCACACACACACACACACACACACACACACACACACACACACA